AUGGCGGGCCUACUAAUAAAAAAGGAAGACACAGUCAUGAGAAAGUCCAUCAGCCCUGCAGAGACACAUUCUAUACACUUUCUGUUAACAGGAGAGACAUUCACAUCUCUCUCCUACGUGUUCCGAAUAAGUCACUAUGCCAUCUCAGAGAUUGUCAUUGAGACAUGCAAGGUGCUGUUAAGUGUUUUGAAGACAGACUAACUGAAGGCGAAAAGCAAUAGCCCAGGGAUAUUAAGAGUUAUGGCAAUUUCCAAGAUGUGUAGGCGCUCUGAAUGGAAAACAUGUCAUCCUCCAGGCCCCCAAACACAGUGGCUCCUAUUACCACAACUACAAGGGCAGAAAUUCCAUAGUGUUGUUGAUGUCCCUUGUCGAUGCCGAUCUGAAAUUGGUUUAUGUGGAUGUGGGGACAAAUGGCAGAGUGAGUGAUGAUGGUGUUUGGAACAAGACCAGCCUUUGCUGA